GGGCUCGGAAGCAAGUAUAACCUUCAUUAGAUGGACCGUAGAAUGGGGUAAAGGCAUCCGAGUCGCUUUCAGUUCUGGCCUAGUAUGUCCCGAGUCGGAGAUCAUACUGUAAGAAUAUUUCUGUAAAGUGAAUUCCUGUGCCAAGCCUGGAUCUCCAGUCCGAGCUGGCAAGCUGAGCCCACGAAUGCAGUUCACCUCCGAGCGCUAGGCACCAAAAUUAGCAAUACGCACAGCUUGUCGGGGCAGUUGCAGCUUGUGUCGGCCAGAUCGCUCACGAUCUAUUGGCGCUUCCAAGUUUGAGACCACUCUGUUGCCAGCCGGCGCAAUGCAGUGAAAUGUGUAUAAAAUGCGUUUGUCGAGAUGCUAACGUAAUGGCUGUUGUCAAGCUGUCAAGCGUCUUCCUUGCAUUUUCUUUCUCGUUAUGUUCGCAAGCAAUCCGAAUCCCCUCGCAAGAUCUCGUUCGACGUCAGGAUGUGGCCGGUCUCAAUUUUCUGAAUGAAACGAAAGGCGAUGUCAUCUUCACGGACAAGGAGCAGGAUUAUUUCUACACUUUUGUAACAGUUGAUGAUUCUUCAGUAGCUGCUGCCGUCGACACGACUGUCGGGGACCUUGGAGUGUCUGGUGGCCUAUCUAAUGUUCAGACAACAGGCGAAUCUGCUCCCUGGAAGUACGCAGGAAUCCAGUCUGUGCAAGCGAAUGUGGCAAAAGCUCAUAUAGGGCUUGCUGGUGCUAAUUUAACGGAUCAGCAAUAUUUGUGGACCUCCAAUGAUCCGCAAGGCUUCCCGUACACCAUCGGCGACAAGUUACCUCAUGGUGUGCUCGGACUUGGACCUUCAUCAACUUCUGCUAUCAAGUCAAAUGAUUCAUCGGCCUUGAGUCCAUUGGACAGCUGGGUGGCCAGUUAUGGUGGCAAUUCUCCCUAUGUGACCAUCCUCUAUUCCAAGAACGAGCUCGAUAAAGGCAAUGAUUACGCCUUCGCCGGUUUCAUCAGUUACGGAGAGAUCAUAGACCUUCCGAAGUAUUUCGGCGUGGCGCCCGAACAGUUGGAACCUUUCGGGCUUCCUGAUCUGAGCGCCAUAUCAAAUAUGCCCGUUGUCCCUAUCAGCAGUUCGCAGACCAUCUUCAUUGACGAUGUUCGCGUGGGGAACAUUUCUCUGGCCAUUAACUCCUCAAUUUCUGGUGUUCCGUCUGGCAAAGUGGCGGCUCAAGUGCAAUCGGCCAAUCCUUAUAUUGUUCUUCCUAAGCAAUACGUGGAUGCUAUCUACGGAUCCGUGAGCGGAGCUAUCUACUCCGCUGAUGACCAAGUUUACUAUCUCCCUUGCACGACGGAGAUCUCUGUCACAAUUGUCAUUCGAGAGAAGGAGUACCUGAUCAGCCCGUUGAAUACUGUGGCCCUUUCCGAUAAAGACGGGAUCUGCAUUGGCAAGUUCAAGGUGUCAAGCGGCUUGAGCUAUCAAUAUGAUAUAGCCCUCGGCAACCCAUUCCUCGAGAACGCGUACGCUGUGUAUGGCUACCAGAACGUUACCGAUGGUCAGGGUCAAAGCCCUUACUGGAAGUUCUUGAGCAUCACGGACGCUAACGAUACCGCCCAGCAGUUUAGUGAAUACCGGAAAGGCAACAGCACAACUACCGGUUCUGCUUCUACCAUAGUUUUCCCCGCUGUCACCUCUGCCGGUCUCUCUUCCACAAUCUCUUUUAUCCCCACGUCGACAUCACCUCCCAUAUCCUCUACAAUCGUCUUCGCCCCCCCAGUGGCUCCCGUCUCCUCGUCUUACUCGUCGUCACCUACUAUCGAGUUCUCAUCUAUCGUCACUUCUUCAAUAGAGUCUAUCUCAACAAGUAGCGACAGUGCUGCUCAAACUAUUUCCACGCCAGCGACUACCAGGUUUAUGACUGUUACCGUCACUCCUACACCUGCGACCACAAACCUUGGUGGAUCAUCGCUGGCUUCUCCCUCGCAGGAUAAGACCGGUUUGACCCUUGCUGGUAAUCUCGAAACUGACAGUGACGGUGACAAUGAGUCUAUUGCCAGCGUUCUGGGCCAGGUAUGUAGCGAAAUGCCUCCUUCCAUUUCAACCAUUCUGACUUAUGUACUCGUCAUUAGAUCAAGUACUGGGUUCCGUCCAUAAUCGUUGGCCUUGCCGUCCUGCUCAUUAUCUCGAUAGUGGGAAUCAUCUUCAUAGUUGUCAACCGCCGUCACAACAGAACACAUACCAAACCGUCUGCAUACAGGAGUCUGCAUGAGAGCUCUGGUCCAGUCAACGUUCCCUUGUAUGGCGCAGAGGAGGAGCAAGGUCAUGCUGGAUACUCUGAUCCUUAUACCGACAAGCCGUAAAAGGCUGUCGUUGGAUGAUCGCUUAAGCAACCUGGGGGCGAUGAUUGUAUUGCUUACUGUAAUUUCGUCCUGUUUAUACAUUACCUUCAUUCGUAAUUGCGUGUACCAUGAUGCACUUUUAACAGACGCUUUCAGUAGUAUAGUCUGUGUCGUAUUUAAAUACCUUCAUUGUACGGUCAUGAUCUAUCUGCCUGACUGAGCCGUUUUGGCGAACUUCUGAUCAAAGAUUUUUUGUCAUAUUCGUCAUGCA